AUGCACUGCCACGCGGAGGUGAGGCUGAGCUCGCCCGGCCAGCUCAAAGCAGCCAGGCGGCGCUACAAGACCUUCAUGAUCGACGAGAUCCUGUCCAAGGAGACCUGCGACUACUUUGAGAAACUUUCCCUCUACUCGGUGUGCCCGUCGCUGGUGGUGCGACCCAAGCCCCUGCACUCCUGUACGGGCUCUGCUUCCCUCCGAGCGUACCCCCUCCUCUCGGUGGUGGCCCGGCAGCCCUCGGUCAUCUCCCACCUGGUACCCGCCACCACUGGGAUCGCCCCGGCCCUGCCCCGCCACGUGGCCCCCGAGGCCGCCGGCGCAGAGGCCCCGGGUGCCGGCGAGGCCCCGGGCAGCAGCGAGUCAGAGACGGAGCAGCCAGCACCGCGGCAGAAGAAGCCCCGGCGAAGCCGCACCAUCUUCACGGAGCUGCAGCUCAUGGGCCUGGAGAAGAAGUUCCAGAAACAGAAGUACCUGUCCACCCCCGACAGGUUGGACUUGGCCCAGUCCCUGGGCCUCACUCAGCUGCAGGUGAAGACGUGGUACCAGAACCGCAGGAUGAAAUGGAAGAAAAUGGUCCUCAAAGGUGGACAGGAAGCGCCCACCAAACCCAAAGGCCGCCCCAAGAAGAACUCCAUCCCCACCUCGGAGGAGAUCGAAGCGGAAGAGAAGAUGAACAGCCAGACCCAGGCGUCCCCAGAGCCCUGCCCGGGCCAGGAGGAGCCCUGCGACCCUCCGGAGCCCCAGGCCUGCACAGAGCCCCUGGAGGCAGUGGAGCCCCCCGGCCAGCCCCCGGAGCUGCCCACAGCCCUGUCUGCGGAGCCCCCCACCGUCCAGCUAAAGAGAAGCUUUGGCGGAGGGACGGGGGACACAGCGAUCAUCAUCAUCACCACCACCAUUUUCAUUAUUGUCAACAUCAUGACCACCGCCACCACCAUCAUCGUUAUUAUUGCCAACAAUAUCAUCAUCACCAUCUUUAUUUUCAUUGUCAUCAUUUGCAUUGUCAUUGCCAUUAUCAUUGUCAUCAUCGUUGCCAUUGUCAUCACCCACCUCGAUCUCCUCAUCACUCCUGCCAUCCCGCCAGGGAGUCACCGUCCAAACCCUUGA